AUGGCGCCUCAUAGUUUUACGGCACCAGCGAAUUCAAUGGAUCUACACAAGCCAGUUAUCACGGUAUCUAAUAGCAGUGUGUAUGAAGGCAACUCGUUUACCUUAACCUGCAGUAUCAAUGCCAAUCCACCUACACCGACACAGGUCACUUGGUUAAAAGACAACAUCAUCAUCACACAAAAUAGUUCAAGAUAUGAAAUAUAUGAAGAUUUUAAAAUCCUUCGAGUUCCAGUUGCAUCUGUUAAUGAAAGUGGAAAUUACCAAUGCAGAGUAGAAGGAAAAACCAGCUUCAAUCUAAAUAUAUCGGUUAUCAAAUUCUGUGUUCCAUCUACGAUGGUCCUCAUUUUUACUACAUUUGCAGCAAUAAUUUUUGGUUCCCUUCCCACUUGUCUGAUGUGCUACUAUAUUCGUAAAAGAAAAGAAAGAGAAUUUCAUCUCCAGUAUCAGAACGCUCAUUACCAAGCUCUGAGUAAUAGGCCUACUCCUGCAGUUUACAAUGAACUUAACAAAGUGAAUGAUAACGCUUAUAGUACCACGAAGAACGACGCAAACGCAACAUCUGCUGCAGUAGAUGAAACGCGCACUAAGGUUGAUCUCAUUUACGAAGAUGUCAAGAAAAGAAAAGAAAGAGAAUUUCAUCUCCAGUAUCAGAACGCUCAUUACCAAGCUCUGAGUAAUAGGCCUACUCCUGCAGUUUACAAUGAACUUAACAAAGUGAAUGAUAACACUUAUAGUACCACGAAGAACGACGCAAACGCAACAUCUGCUGCAGUAGAUGAAACGCGCACUAAGGUUGAUCCCAUUUACGAAGAUGUCAAGGCAUGA